CAUUAUAGUGGAUUCGCGAUGCAAACAAGGUCGAUGGUAUUAUCCUAUUCGUGCUUAACAUAUAAAAUGCACUGAUUUGUUGAUGUUUUUACAAUACAAUUAUUAUUGGAUUUAUGUGUGGCUUGUCUAUAACGACUGCUAAUUUGAAGCAUUGGGGAUAUUUUAGAGUAUUUUUCCGCGAGUGGAUCAAUUCCGAAGGAGGAGAUCAUAUCUGGGUCACGUUGAUACUGGCUCGCAUUGAGUGGGAGGAGACCUGGAUCUAGUGCUGGACUUCAUUGCCAAUGACUUUAAGAAAUCCCGAUGUGACGGGAUUCGAUUUUGCUCAGUAUGCUGUAUAUUUUGCUUGUUGUUUUUGGAUUAUGUAGCGGCUUAGGCCUGCUGUCUGACCUGCAAAGGACUCCCGAGAAUGGUGAAAAUGCCAACACCGCAUGUGUGAUAACAUAUCCAUAUGCCACCCCACACAUUUCGGCCUUCUAUGAACAGGUGACUUCAGGGGUAGGCUGUUCCACCAACUCGACCACUGAGUCAAACCAGGAGGUUCAUAUCAUUAAUCUACUGAACGCUGGACCAGUGUACCGAAAUGAUGUGGCAGAGGUCAACCUUCUCAUCAAGUCACGCAAUGACGAAGUUAUGUGGAAACCUGUGAUAUUUGUCCUUAAUUCUCAUCAAUCUGUGAAAUGGAAAGUGAAAAUCGAGAUGUUGGCUCCUCCUCGUCAACGACAGAUCUUUGUGGUGCCUGUCCAUUCCUCAGUCCGACUGGUCUUCAAGAGCCAUAUGCGUCGGUCGAUUCGAAAAGUGUCCAACAUGCCACAGACUAGAAAGGGAUUGCUUGAGUGGGUUAGGGAAGAACAUCAUGCUGUCACCUCUUUCACAGAGUUGCGUAAAGGCAACAGGAUCGAACUCACUGUAGGACCAGUGCCAAAUGCCCUGCCUACAUGUGAGAUCAGAGAUGACCAGCCAAUGAAUGCAGUAGCACGCAUUGAGCAGCCCCAGUUGCUGUCUGGCUGUAGUGCAAGGGGUCCUGUUGAUUCUAAAUCUAGUUUUACUUACGUUAUUGAGCUGGAGAAGGCAUACGAACACAACCCAAGGGAGAAGCCUGUUGAGGUAGAACUGGACAUCAAGAGCCCAUCACGAAAGACAACCAAUUGCAAUUUACUGCUUGUCCUAAAAUCACCAAGAUUUGUGAUUUGGAAAAUCCAAACCAAACGCAUCCAGGGAAACUUAGAUAUUGUGUCCAAUGCUGAAGUCAGCAUGUUAGGGAUAAAGGUGGACAAUGCAGGGACUCGCUUAGAAACCAUCACAUACAAACGUGAGGGCUUAAUACAGUGGGUAAAUUACCACAACGGACCAGUGUCACUGUACGCUGGCAUCAGUCUCGCCAACAAGGUCACCAUCACAUUACCUCAAACAGAGGAAUCUGAUUCUGACAGGGGACAUGGUAAGGAAUCUAAAAGUCCUACACAGACAAUUACACCUCCUUUUGACAAUAUCCCCCACACCAAGAGUGUGUUCCACAGAGCAAUCCAUGCUGAGUGUCAUCCUGAGAGACAUAUGAUAGUGGCUUUCAGCAAACUCAUUCAGCAGAAUUUUGGACUUGAAAUUGAUCAGCUGACCCUCAGGGACCCAGCCUGUAAAGCAGGGAAGAAUGAGACACACAUCAUCCUUGGUCUGUCUCCGUCUAACUGUGGUACACAAGUAUCAGUCACAAAUGGCAACACUUUCUAUGACAAUUUGUUAUUGGUACAUCGUUCAUCCCCGGAUGGGUUGGAUGAGGUCGGAAGUGGCUAUGAUUCCCUUUCAGAUAAUGAGAUUUCAGGAUCAGGGUCACAUGAUCCAAAAACUGAAACCUACUUUGAUGACGAGGACUUCCAGACAGAUGCUAUAAAAAUAGAAGUUGUAUGUCAAUUCAUUGAACAGGAGAGAAUUCCCGACUCCCAUCUGACCACGCAGACGGAUACAUCCUGGACACAGUCAAACCGAAGUUUUAGCAUCAAAUUAUACCGCUCCAGUGUGAUGAAAGAACCCGUCUACCGCUUCCCUAUGGCUGUUACUCCAUACAGCUUAAUUUAUGUGGAGGUCGAUAUGCAGCCAGUGGAGAAUCUACAGGUGGUGAUACAAAGCUGCUGGCUCUCCAAUCUCAUGGAUAAGCAGACCGAUUUGGCUAUUACUCUUAUAGAUAAUGGAUGUAGGACAAGAUAUGGUACAGUCCGCUGGAUCACCAACGAGUCCUUCCUCGGAGCUGGCUGGGGAUCAAAUACACAUGCUCAGCGAUUUAGCUUCAACUUUGGAGAUCAUUACCCUGCCCUGUUCCUUCAGUGCCGACUGGGUGUUUGUAGUAGGAACACCAAACUCACAAAGGGAAUUCCUUGUGAAGAGGAUAUGUGUGGGAAAAUUGAUAGCAACAUGCCAGGGAAGCUGAUAGUUCGUGGUCCAUUGGAACUUACCGGAAAUGUGGAGCCUCCUGAACCUAGCAGGAAAACGAUAAUAAAACCAGCUAUCAACCAACCAGGUGUGGUCAACAAAGCUGAUCAAAGUAAUCACCGUCACCAGUCAAACGGCCGACACAAUUCCGACCAUGCUGACACCAUUGUGAUAGAGGGUCUGGAUUCUGGCACAGUUGUUGGCAUCGCAUUUGCAGCAUUUAUCAUUGGAGUACUACUGAUGGCAGCAUUGUGGUUCAUCCAUACACAUACGGGUCCUAUUAAACAUGCGGUUGCCUCGCGAGGUGGGGUGCUGUCAGGGAGUGGGGAAUCGACACCAAUGUCCACUGCCCCCAUCACCAUUAAUUCAUAGUGAACCUGAUAAUGGUCAAGGCUGUGAAGGAUAUGACUAACCACUGCUGGCCUGGUGUGAGACAUGUCCAUUCUUUGGCCAAUUGAUGAUACAGUCAAAACAAAUCAAUUUUACGGUAAAACGGGUAGCCGAGAUGUGCUCUGAUCACAUUUCUGUAUGGUCGGCACAUUUCUUGUCUGGGUUUGGUCAGUUAUUUACUGAGUCUGUCUCAGUUUUAUUAUUAUUGUUUUUUUUUUUCAUUAUGAUUUUGUUUUUUCACUAAGUUAUGCAUAUCUUGUUGAUGUACUCUUAGACUCCCAAGGCCUAGUGCUGCAUCAUUAUAUAAUACAUUAUUAGUAGGAUAUUUGCAAUAUUGUCCAUAGCCAAGUUAUGAAACUACCAUCUAUUUUAUUUUAUAUACAUAAUGUAUCUACUUAUUUAAGCGUGCUGAAAUUUUCAGGGUUUUGUUGUUUUUGUUUCUGUCGUUUUUGUCAAACGAAUGAGUGCUCGAAUCUUGAAGGACAUUUUUUGCCAAUAUACAGAAUAUAAACUAUUAAACAUGAUAUUUACUGGGAAUCUUUGAUAGUUCUACAGACUCUUCUCUUUGCCUCCAUGUUCAGACAUCUGACCAAGAAGAAAGCACAAUCAGAGACUUUCUCAAGGUUUUAUUCUCACAUCAAACAAGGUAAAAAUGCAUUUUGGAAAGAAAUUAUGAUAAUCUUAUGUAACACAUGAAAAUGCUAUUAAAGUAAACAUAAGAUUUCCAAAUAUCAAAAUAAGUAAAACAAAAGUUUUUAAAACAAAUGUAAGAGAAAAUAUUCAUUGCAUAUUUUAACAUUGUGUCUGUUAAAACACAUCAAAAUAUAUAUUGAAUCUUUACCAUUUUGAAAUUUGAAUUACCCAAUAAUCAGCCACGUGGUUUUGUCUGUGUGAUGUGGUUUCUGUGGUCUGGGGCCUUGCUUGGUUGAUGAGAUAACUGGACCAUACUGAGAAGUGUAGAUAUAGAACGGGUAUUUAUUGUAUAAACUCCUUACCUCAUACACCUUACUUACAUAUUUAGUAAUGGUGUACUUAUUCUCUUAGAUUAAUGCAACAUAUUGGUGCUUUGUAGUUUUCAGAUUUUGUGUUUGUCAAAAGGCUACAUGUUGUUAUGUUUGUUUCUGCUGUUAUUGGUUGUUUUAUUCCUCUCAAAAGUGAGGCUGAUAUGUCACACAAGCUCCUAGCUGACUGGGAUAUACUGGGGUUAGCUGAAUUGAUUUAUAAGCUUGAAGAUGACUCUGAUUGGUCACACAAGCUCCUACAGGUGUAGCUGACUAGGAUAUGUUGGGGUUAGCUGUAUUGAUUAAAGCUUGAAGAUGACUAGGAUUGGAUAUAUUUCUAAUUAGAUGCAUUUAGAGAAAACCAAUUCCAUUUUUACUUAUUUUACCAAACAUGUUGUUAUUGAUUCUUUUGCUUAAUGAUUUUUGAGAUAGCAUAGAAAAUAUGCAACUAAAGCAUAGCAUGCUUUGAAGAGUAGUGCUAUUUUCUAAAAGAAGAAAGAAAAUUUGAAGUGCUAUUUUGUUUUUGUUACUGGUGUUUUGCUAAGUGCUAUUUUGUUUUUUGUUACUUGUGCAUCUCGUCUACGAUACUGAUCUUGUCUGGGUUACCUAGGGUACCACAGUCACUGAUCUUGUCUGGGUUACCUAGGGUACCACAGUCACUGAUCUUGUCUGGGUUCCCUAGGGUACCACAGUCACUGAUCUUGUCUGGGUUACCAUGAUUACUUAUGUUAUCUAGGUUGCUAAAUACUGCUACGGAUCUAAUGGGAGAUCUUGUAUUGAUUACCUAGAUUUGCUACUGCAGUCAGUCAAGGAACUUGAUUACCAGUGUACCUGAUCUUGGUUACCAAGGUUAGCUCAAUCACCUAAUCCAAGAAACUAGUGAGGCUAUUGUGAGUGUUAACUGAUAAUACAGGAUUUGCAUCCGUUUUUGUCAACGGUUUAUCUAUCAAAUCUCCCUUAAAUAAGUAAUAUACUGUACAUUAUUACUUUCUGAAGAUUUCCUAUGGUCACAAUCAGCAUUUUGAAAAUAUUUUCACCUGAAUAUUUUAAUCAUCAAGUCUAAUUUGUUUGAAUCUUUUUGAAUGCUUAGUAUGUUGGGGCAUUAUAUCCAGACUGUGUUUCAUUUAGAAAGGUUAGUAAAAUAUUUUAUUAUUCAGUACAGACAUGUUAUUACUGACAAUAAGUCGAGUACAAAUGUGUUAUUAUUCAAGAUUUUACCUGUUGUAACUCUUAACAGGUGUUUUAUAGUGUUAAGUAAGAUUCAAUUAAAAAAAAACCUGUUUAUUGAAAUAUAGAUUGAAUACCUGUAUGUUACAUAGGUGAAAACUGUAUUAUUUAUCUACAGAUCUGAGUGAAUAAUUUUUACUGUUCUUGGAGAUUUUCUUUUUAUUUCUCUAGUUUUUAAUGAAGUUCUGUGUGUUUUUUGUUUUCCUACUGCAAACAAAUAUUUUAGAAUCAUGAUAUGAGAAUUGCUAUAUUUGACUGGAGAUUUUAAGAAGAAAGGAUUUGUAUAAGAUUUUGUAUUCAUGUAUAAAAUGGCAAUAUAUGGAAAGCUACAGGAGCCUGAGAAGGUUGAUAGUGGGAGAAAGUUAAUCCUCAGUAAACUGAUACUGCAUCUUUUAUAAAGGAGUACAUGGAGUGCUUUUACUGUUUUGAUUUUAACUUAUACUUAUAUACAAGUCUUUUAUUUAAAUUUGUCAAAAACCUGUUUUUGGUUACAGUUGAGUUUCCUAAUCUUGCUUUUUUAUGCAUGACAUUUUAAUUAUUUGUCUAUGCCUUCCUUUUUCCUAUUUUUUUUUUUUUAAACAUUACUCUUUCACUCACUCAGAAAAUAAAUUCAUAAGUUAGAAUAUUAUUUAGAAGCCAAUAAAUUGCCUCUUGUUUCACCCUGAACCUGCCACCUACCCUAGAAUUCAAUUUAUAAUAAUUGUAUUUAUGCUAUGUAAUUUAGUACAGAUGUGUUGUAUGUCUGUUUGAAAUGCUUUAUUUCCAAAGCCUUUGUUCUUAGUAAAUUUAGAUUUAUCCUUGUCAAAUCUCAUGAUCAAUGGCAAUCUCACAACAGACUGUAUACAAGUUGAAAAUUGAGGUACAUCAAUUUGAAAUUCAGCAUGUUGUUUAUGAAUAACAUAAGGAAUUCUAUGCAAAUUAUUGACAAAACCAGUUAUUGCAGUUAUUUUCAAUAACAAUACAAAUUAUCUGUGGAAGAAUUUUUGAAGCUCGAUCCUAAACUGCACCUCUAAACCUUCACCCAACAUCAAUGGUUGAUAAUUAUAAACUUGCAAGAAACACAUAUUAUAACGUUAUUUAAAGAAGAGUCAUACACUUUUUCACUGAUUCUAUUUUAUUCCUUUUUUGUUCGAACCUGACAUAAUUUAAUGAUCAUGUUAAAAUGUGCUGGCACCUGUCGACAUGUGCAAACAUACCUUUUCUCUGAUUUCUUUUCACCUGGCUAAGAUAUGAAUUUUCAUUAACCUCAGUAGUACCUAAUUAUCUGUAUAGAAUAAUAUUUUGAAUUGAGGCUAUUAGUUAAUAACAAUAGGAAGCUGCCUUUUAUGUAAAGGAGAUACUUGUCAACCUGUAUUAAGAAGACACUAGUUGUGUGGUGAUACCCUGUAAAGGAGAUGCUAGUUGUGUGGUGAUACCCUGUAAAGGAGACACUAGUUGUGUGGUGAUACCCUGUAAAGGAGACGAUAGUUGUGUGGUGAUACCCAGUAAGGGAGACACUAGUUGUGUGGUGAUACCCUGUAAAGGAGACGAUAGUUGUGUGGUGAUACCCUGUAAAGGAGACACUAGUUGUGUGGUGAUACCCUGUAAAGGAGACGAUAGUUGUGUGGUGAUACCCUGUAAAGGAGAUGCUAGUUGUGUGGUGAUACCCUGUAAAGGAGAUGCUAGUUGUGUGGUGAUACCCAGUAAAGGAGACGAUAGUUGUGUGGUGAUACCCUGUAAAGGAGACACUAGUUGUGUGUGAUACCCAGUAAAGGAUACACUAGUUGUGUGGUGAUACCCUGUAAAGGAGACACUAGUUGUGUGGUGAUACCCUGUAAAGGAGACGAUAGUUGUGUGGUGAUACCCAGUAAAGGAGACACUAGUUGUGUGGUGAUACCCUGUAAAGGAGACACUAGUUGUGUGGUGAUACCCAGUAAAGGAGACACUAGUUUUGUGGUGAUACCCUGUAAAGGAGACACUAGUUGUGUGGUGAUACCCUGUAAAGGAGACGAUAGUUGUGUGGUGAUACCCUGUAAAGGAGAUGCUAGUUGUGUGGUGAUACCCAGUAAAGGAGACGAUAGUUGUGUGGUGAUACCCUGUAAAGGAGACACUAGUUGUGUGUGAUACCCAGUAAAGGAUACACUAGUUGUGUGGUGAUACCCUGUAAAGGAGACGAUAGUUGUGUGGUGAUACCCAGUAAAGGAGACGAUAGUUGUGUGGUGAUACCCAGUAAAGGAGACACUAGUUGUGUGGUGAUACCCUGUAAAGGAGACGAUAGUUGUGUGGUGAUACUCUGUAAAGGAGACACUAGUUGUGUGGUGAUACCCAGUAAAGGAGACACUAGUUUUGUGGUGAUACCCUGUAAAGGAGACACUAGUUGUGUGGUGAUACCCUGUAAAGGAGACGAUAGUUGUGUGGUGAUACCCUGUAAAGGAGAUGCUAGUUGUGUGGUGAUACCCAGUAAAGGAGACGAUAGUUGUGUGGUGAUACCCUGUAAAGGAGACACUAGUUGUGUGUGAUACCCAGUAAAGGAUACACUAGUUGUGUGGUGAUACCCUGUAAAGGAGACGAUAGUUGUGUGGUGAUACCCAGUAAAGGAGACGAUAGUUGUGUGGUGAUACCCAGUAAAGGAGACACUAGUUGUGUGGUGAUACCCUGUAAAGGAGACGAUAGUUGUGUGGUGAUACUCUGUAAAGGAGACACUAGUUGUGUGGUGAUACCCUGUAAAGGAGACACUAGUUGUGUGGUGAUACCCAGUAAAGGAGACGCUAGUCGCGUGGUGAUACCCAGUAAAGGAGAGGAUAGUUGUGUGGUGAUACCCUGUAAAGGAGACGAUAGUUGUGUGGUGAUACCCAGUAAAGGAGACACUAGUUGUGUGGUGAUACCCUGUAAAGGAGACGAUAGUUGUGUGGUGAUACCCUGUAAAGGAGACACUAGUUGUGUGUGAUACCCUGUAAAGGAGAUGAUAGUUGUGUGGUGAUACCCUGUAAAGGAGACACUAGUUGUGUGUGAUACCCUGUAA